CUGAGGUUCUUCUUCCUGCCGGCGUCCGAAACUUGCACCCUCUGGAUCCUUCGUCCCGGAGUUCGGGGCCUGGCUCUCGCCAUGGCCGCCCCCGACCUGUCCACCAACCUCCAGGAAGAGGCCACCUGCGCCAUCUGCCUCGACUACUUCACCGACCCGGUGAUGACUGACUGCGGCCACAACUUCUGCCGCGAGUGCAUUGGGCGCUGUUGGGGCCAGCCCGAGGGUCCCUACGCGUGCCCCGAGUGUCGCGAGCUGUCCCCGCAGAGCAACCUGCGCCCCAACCGCCCGCUGGCCAAGAUGGCCGAGAUGGCGCGGCGCUUGCACCCCCCGUCGCCGGUCCCGCAGGGCGUGUGUGCUGCGCACCGCGAGCCGCUGGCAGCCUUCUGCGCCGACGAGCUGCGCCUGCUGUGCGGCGCCUGUGAGCGCGCGGGCGAGCACUGGGCACACCGAGUGAGGCCGCUGCAGGAUGCGGCUGAGGAGCUAAAGGGGAGACUGGAGCAGUCACUUGAGCACCUGCGGAGACAAAUGGAGGAUGCACUGCUGUUCCAAGCCCAGGCUGAGGAGACCUGUGCCUUGUGGCAGAAGAUGGUGGAGAGCCAACGGCAGAACAUGGUUGGCGAGUUUGAACGUCUGCGUCGCCUGCUGGUUGAGGAAGAGCAGCGGCUACUGCAGAGACUGGAGGAGGAAGAACAGGAGGUGCUGCCCCGGCUACGAGAGGGUGCUGUGCGCCUCGGGCAGCAGAGCGCCCAGCUGGCCACACUCAUCACUGAACUAGAAGGACGCUGCCAGCUGCCUGCACUGGGGCUGCUGCAGGACAUUAAGGAUGCCUUGAGAAGGGUCCAGGAUGUGAAGCUGCAGCCCCCGGAGGUGGUACCCAUGGAGCUGAGGACCGUGUGCAGGGUGCCAGGGCUGGUGGAGACUCUGCAGAGGUUUCGAGACUCAGGGAUCCCACACUUGUGUCCCACCUGCGGUGAUGUGACCCUGGACCCAAACACCGCCAACCCUGAGCUGGUGCUCUCUGAGGACAGGAGGAGUGUACAGCGAGGCGACUUGCGGCAGGCUCUGCCUGACAGCCCUGAGCGCUUCGACCCAGGGCCCUGUGUGCUGGGCCAGGAGCGCUUUACCUCAGGCCGCCACUACUGGGAGGUAGAGGUUGGGGAGCGCAGCAGCUGGGCCCUCGGCGUGUGCAGAGACAACGCUAACCGGAAGGAGAGGGGUGAACUGUCAGCUGGCAAUGGCUUUUGGAUCCUGGUAUUCCUGGGAAGCUACUACUCCUCUACCAAGCGUGCCUUCUCCCCGAUGCGGGACCCUCCCCGGCGUGUAGGCAUCUUCCUGGACUAUGAAGCUGGACACCUCUCCUUCUACAGUGCGACAGACGGUUCGCUGCUCUUCAUCUUCCCUGAGACCACCUUCUCUGGUGCACUGCGGCCUCUCUUCUCACCUUUGUCAAGCAGUCCGACCCCUCUGACCAUUUGCCGGCUGAAGGGCGGGUCUGGGGACACCCUGGCUACCCAGUGAUACAGACUUUCUCUGGAGUCCCUUUCCUUCUCCUGGCCCUGUUGUAUUUUGGAUCUGUUCAUUUGAGACCCUGAGAGGAUGGAAUAUAUCCUUUGAAAGAUGAAAGGAACACAUAGUGCCUCUCUGAAUGUGCUUGGGAAAACUGAAUUUGGGGUGACUAUAGGCAAGUGUGGAACCCCCCCACCCUAGCACAGAACUCUGAGGUUCAGAACCUGCCUGAGUUGUGCUGUCCUGGGGUCUUCAGCCUGCAGCCAGGUACCUACCCCAUGUAUCUGCCUUGAUGAGCACAGAAGGGAGGAUCAGGGCUUGAUUCCAUAGAUGGGAGUGCUGGUGGCAGAUAUCACUACCCUGAAAGUGGACACUGCAGAAGAGGACAGAGCACCCAGUACUUCUGGAAGAUGAACUGGGGUGGAGGUAGCCAGGGAGAACUGCACAGAUGCCCAUGAUCGACACUGGCAGAGACUACCUGAACACAUGUGCGAGGGGGCAGUGGUGACCUUGGGUUGUGCACAGCUCUGAAGCCUUUGAGGACCUCUGGGGGCUGGUUUGGCUAUGCAGGUACCUCCCACGGCCCUCCUCUAAGGACUCCCAGGUAUGUCUCACCUCAUGGCCUGCCUUACAAGGAGCCUGAGCCUACAGAUGCAGGUGACUGCUGGAGUGUGUGAUUUGAGGGUUUAAUCCCUCUACUUUAUUUAUUGUAAGGAUAGCAUUUUCCUAAAUAAAAGUUGUUACCUGCAAUUGUGUGCCCUGUUUAUGCUAUGGAUAAGUGACAGGAACUGAGAGCCAGGCUCUAGGGAGAGGGUGGCAAGGGUAUAGGAUCCUGGCUAGUUAGCUUCCCACCCAGGAGCUAAGGCAGUGUGGGCUCCUCCGGCUCUUCAGCAUGUGUGUUGAACAUUUGCAGCUACUAAAGGAGGUCUUUACAGGUUACCUGGUGAGUGUUUCCUAUGUUCAAGGAGAACUUGCCCUGCAUCACAGUACAUUUGCAUUUUUCCCAGGACUGAACUUUAUUGGUAGAUGGCUGCUUUUCACCACUUUGAACCAGCCAUCAGCAGUGAGAGCUGCUUACACAUAAGCAUCAAGGGAGCCCAUUUUGGGGAAACUUCUCCCUGAGAAGUGUGGCUUCCUUUCCACAUGCAGCUUGGCUAUUCAGUGUCAGAGACAGAGAACAGUCUAUGCUGGGUUAUGCUGAUGCUCUUAAUGCUCAAACACGGCCCUGGAACCCAGGUAGAAACAACUUUG